UUAGAUUGCCUUUUAAUAUUAAAAAAAUUAAUUUCCCUAAUGCCUGAGCUGAGGGGUGGGGCGUACACAGCGACUUUGACUUCCAUAACAUUUGGGUAUCUCGAACCCAGGGAUCGAACUCAUGUCAUCAGGCUUGGCAGUAAAAUAAAUAUCAGAGAGCCGUCCAGUCCACCGGGUGCAGCAUCUUAAUAAGCCCUGGAGACCGAGGUGAGCCGCAGCCAUAUUGCCUAGACUGUGUUGCUCGCGAGUGGUUUCUUGGGAGAUGUAGUCCUUUGAGUCUCUGGCUCUCGACACUAAGGCAGUAACGAAUGUCUUUGGGUAUGUUUGGAAAAGUGGCGAGGCAGUGAUAGAAUUCGAAGGGUUGUGAGCUGGCAACAAGGUGCAGACCAACUUAAAUUCCUGAGAGUGUGGGGGAGCUGUUCUCGACCAAUCAGACGCGAGAGAGUGGGGGCCCGCCCCUAAGACCCGCCCUCUAGCUUUACUAGCAGGGGCGGGGCGGAGCGCUAGCUAUGGUUUUUUGGGUGGGAAAUAGAUACUAGAGAUAUACUAGAUAUUCCUCAGGUUCUAGCAACGUCUUGCCUGCGGCUCGCUGAUUGGUCAAGUCUGCAAGGGGGCGGGUCCAGACGUAGCUCCUCCCUCCCGCUGCGCUGAGAGGACCUCCGGGAUUCCUAGAGAGGCUGCGGAAGCGCUCUUGGGGGUGGGAUUUAUGGCUGAAGCUAGCACUCGGUUACUUCCGGCGAGGAACUGUUGGAAAGUGUCGGACGCGGUUCUCUCUUGGCUUGUGAGAACUCCAUCUUCCAAGCCUGGGCUGCGGGGAGUUUGUUCUUUGGGUCCCCUGGACUUAGGGACUGGAGAAGAGCGAGUAGGGCAUUGUGUCCACACUUGAGGUCCUGUCCCUAACCUUGACCCGUCCGGUCUCUGUCUCCGGGUCAGGAGCUAUUCCGAGGAAUCCAGGUCCAAAUUUCUGUCUCCAACUGUGCUUUCUCCUAGAACUAAUGAAGUCUUCUGUUUACCUGUCAAGCCCUUACGGCUUGAAAGCUAGGACCAGAUAUGACCGUUUUAAUGGGUUUCACUCCUGUUCUGACUUAAGUUUGGCUUAUGAUAGAGAGAAGAAACGACUCUGUCUGGAGUAAUCUAGUCCGGUUAUUUAUAUAAGAUGUGUACUUUUUCAUUUCUAAAACGUUGGGCCUGAUGUCACUUUUUUAUGGCCGUUCUUUGCGUUUUUAAAAUCUGGACGUAGUUACUAUUAGUAAUUUUAUGGAUGAAAUGAUGACUGACUUAUAGUGAAUGACUUUAUUGAGUGAUUUUCUUUAGUAUAGAUGACGUCUUUGCCACCUCUCUUGGCUAAUGAUAAUUCCCGACAUACCAGGAAGGUUGUUCACUGCAAAAAGUGCCCUUCAGAGAAGAGCAGAGAACGAAUUGGGUCAGUGUAACGGGCAACCUCUAGAGACUGAGUUGGAAUGAUAAUGACAGAAUCCAGAGCAGUUGUACACUUAGAGCCUCCAGCUGAGACGUCUUCGCAAGAGCAAGCUGACCUUCUCAUAGUGAAAGUGGAAGAAGAGGACUGUUCCUGGAUGCAGGGAUACAACCGGCCAGUGUUUGAGACUUUUUACCAGCGCUUCAAGCACUUCCAGUACCAUGAAGCAGCAGGACCUCGGGAUGCUCUCAGCCAGCUCCGGGUGCUCUGCUGUGAGUGGCUGAGGCCAGAGCUGCACACCAAGGAACAGAUCCUGGAGCUACUGGUGCUGGAGCAGUUCCUCACCAUCCUUCCUGAAGAGUUCCAGGCUUGGGUGAGAGAACAUCACCCCGAGAAUGGAGAAGAAGCCGUGGCUGUGAUAGAAAGUAUCCAGAGAGAGCUGGAGGAGCACAGGCAACAGAUUGUCACAUGUCCUGAAGUGCUUCCUCAGAAGAUGGUACCAUCCGGAGCCACGCAGGAGUCCUUCAGUCACCAGUUUCUGCCUGUGGAGGCCCAGUCUGAUCAAGAGCCACAGAAUCUUCUGGAGGAGAAUGCCCUUCCUGUUCUCCAGGUUCCUUCCGUUGCCCCGAAGGACAGCCAGGAGCUGACAGCCUCACUCCUCUCAGCCGGGUCCCAGUUGGUGAAAAUUGAAGAUGUGGCUGAUGUGGCUGUGUCCUUCAUCCUGGAGGAAUGGGGACAUUUGGACCAGUCCCAGAAGUCUCUUAGUAGGGAUGGCAGAAAGGACAAUUGUGAGAGUAUCACUCCUGUGGAUUGUGAGUCGAGGGAAGGCAGCCCAGAGCUCGUGGUGCGGCAGGUUUCGGAGGGCACUGACUCACACUGGGUGGCAGCGGAAAGCACAGGAAGGAGUUGUGCUCCGAGUCAAGAGUUGGCAGAAGUUAGCGACCCGAAGGACAUGGCGCAGAGGUGGCCGGUGAACCCCACCGUGGCGAAGUCAAGGCAGAAAAGAGCUCUGAACUCCGGCCCAGACGUCAGCCGUAAGCAGAAAUCGAAUGGUGAGCGAGGUCACAGAUGCGCUGACUGCGGGAAGUUUUUCCUCCAAGCCUCAAACUUCAUUCAGCAUCGGAGAAUCCACACAGGAGAGAAACCAUUCAAGUGUGGGGAAUGUGGGAAAAGCUACAAUCAGCGGGUGCACCUCACUCAGCACCAGAGAGUCCACACUGGCGAGAAGCCCUACAAGUGUCAGGUGUGUGGGAAAGCGUUCCGAGUGAGCUCCCACCUGGUGCAGCACCACAGCGUCCACAGUGGGGAGAGGCCCUAUGGGUGUAACGAGUGCGGGAAGAGCUUCGGUCGCCACUCUCACCUGAUCGAGCACCUGAAACGCCACUUCAGAGAGAAAUCCCAAAGCUGCAAUGACAAAAGAAGUAAGAACACUAAACUGAGUGUUAAGAAAAUUCCAGAAUUUUCAGAAGCAGACAUAGAACUAUCAGAAGAAAUUCAAAGUAAUGCUCAGGUUCAAGGGUAUAGUGAAGGCUAUGAUCACCAAGAUAGGGCAGGUAAACAGCAGGGAAUUGUCAUGAAAGAAAUCCUAGGACAACCCUCUUCAAAGAGGAUGAAUUGCAGCGAAUUCAGCUAUGUCCACAAAAAGUCUUCAGGAGAGAGGCCACAUAAAUGUAAUGAAUGUGGGAAAAGCUUCAUUCAGAGUGCACACCUCAUUCAGCAUCGACGGAUCCAUACUGGGGAGAAACCAUUUAGGUGUGAGGAAUGUGGGAAGAGCUACAAUCAGCGUGUCCACCUUACUCAACAUCAUCGAGUUCACACGGGUGAAAAACCCUACACUUGUCCUUUAUGUGGGAAAGCCUUCCGAGUGAGGUCCCAUCUCGUUCAGCACCAGAGUGUGCACAGCAGGGAGAGACCCUUCAAAUGUAAUGAGUGUGGGAAGGGAUUUGGGAGACGGUCACAUCUCGCUGGUCACCUCCGACUCCACUCUAGAGAAAAGUCCCACCAGUGCCGUGAGUGUGGAGAAAUCUUCUUCCAGUAUGUCAGCCUCCUUGAACACCAAGUGCUCCACGCAGGCCAGAAAAGCGAGAAGAACAGUGUCUGUGAAGAAGCCUAUAGCUGGAACUUGACAGUAAUAGAGGAGAAGAAGCUGGAGUUACAGGAGCAGCCUUACCAGUGUGAUACCUGCGGGAAAGCCUUCAGUUACAGUUCUGACCUUAUUCAGCAUUACAGAACUCACACUGCAGAGAAACCCCAGAAAUGUGAUGCAUGCAGAGACAGUGCCGGCCAAUGUCCCCACAUAAAACAACAUCAGAAAAUCUGCCCCAGUGGGAAGUCCCAUCAGUGCAAUGAAUGUGGAAGGGGCUUCAAUCUGAAGUCUCAUCUCAAUCAACACCAGAGAAUUCACACUGGCGAGAAGCCCUUCCAAUGCAAAGAAUGUGGAAUGAGUUUCAGUUGGAGCUGUAGCCUCUUUAAACAUCUACGAAGUCAUGAGAGGACGGAUUCCCAAACACCUGAAGCAUAAAGGAAUGUUUCUGUUGGGAGAUAACCUUUUAUUGGCACUCAUCACUGUAAUGACAACAAGAAUUUUUCCCAUCUUAACCAUCAAACCUACAGGCGAGGGGAAACCCUGUAAGUAGAACUUAGCCUUCAGGGACCCUGUAGCAUCCAUGAUGUGUUCUGGUUAGCAUCUUCAUGCUUGGAAAUCUAGAUGAAAAGAGAACCUCUGGCUGGGUAUGGUGGUACUUGCCUGUAAGCCUUGGGAGGCAGAAGCAGGCAAAUAUCUGGUUUACAUAGCAAAUAACCAGGCCAGCCAGAGCUACAUAGUGAGACCCCUGAGUGAGAGAGACAGACAGAGACAAAGAGACAGACAGACACACCUCUGAUACUGUGGAUGAAGAGAAAUCUUGACAUUGCUUAUUGAAACUCAGAAAAUAACAGAGAACCUCAUGAGUGCAGUAGAAAUCCUCUAACUUGUAGUUCCCACCUCAACAGCAUAGCUAUUCAGAGAAUCAUGCAGUGAAAGGAACUCUGUGGCAUGAUACCCAUCUUGGUACCUCAGCAAAGAACCUUUUCUAGAAAUGACUAUCCCAACCACUCCGGUCAUUGUUCCCAUUCUGAGAAUUAAACCUUUUGAAAAGAAGUUGA